CACAAGGAUGUCAGCGACAGCCUCGCUGGGUUGCAUCUACUGUGAUAGCUGGCUUUCGGCCAUUUUCAUUAGAGUUAUCUCAGCGGCAGCUCUCCUUUGCUCGACGGAAGCAUCGAACAUCGUCGACAAGGUCGUGCAAAACAUUCACGGAAGCGACAAUGGCGGAGCCAUUCGCGGUCAUUGGACUGGCGAUGAAUAUCGCUCAGUUUUUGGAAAUGAGCGGAAAAUUAAUCCGGAAGGGAUACGACGCAUACCGCUAUUUGCAUAGCUCGAAGGAAAUAAACGCGGAGAUUGCUGCGCUCGCAGCAGAUGUCAAGUCUCGCAGCAACAACAUCAUGCGAAUGAUUUCCCAGAAUGAAGCACUGGGCUCCCCAGUAUCGAAAGGCGAGCUUGGAAUACAACUACUUGCCAGACACACCGCGAAGAUGGCGGAUGAUUUAUUGGAAGCCCUUGAUCUGGUCGACCUCAGGAAUCCUUGUCGCCGUGGAGCAAUCGGGAAAAUUACAACUUCCAUAAAAGCCCUCUCGAAAAGGAGAACAACCGAGGAGCUGAACAGAAGGUUACAAACCAUGCAGAAGCAACUCAAUUCUCAUAUUUUGGAUACUCUCAAUGACAAGCAGUCUAAAGCCACCUUAGCGAUCGCAGAGUUGAAGGGAAUGAGCCAACGAAUGGAAUUUGAUACCACUCGUAGACUGGAUUAUUUAAAAUCAGAUCUGGAGACAUUGCUUCAUGUCACGGCCGAUGGGCAGUACGAAAGCAACGUCGCGCUUGAGGUCCUUUCAGAUAAACUCCACGCCUUUCUAGAAGCAGAAAAUGAAGUCAAGAAGGAACAAAUCAUUCUCCAAAGCUUAUGCUUUGAUUCUUUGAAGGAACGCUAUUCGACUAUUAAGAAAGCUCAUUCACGGACCCUAAAUUGGCUUUUCGAAAAUGAAGAACUUGGGUUUCUCGAGUGGCUGAGAUCAGGUAGUGGAAUCUUCUGGUUCUCUGGCAAGGCUGGAAGUGGCAAAUCUACGUUAAUGAAAUAUAUCGACGGCCAUCCCUCUACCUCAGAAAACUUGCAUUACUGGUCUGGGUCGCAAAAGCUGGUUACGGCAAGCCAUUACUUUUGGAACCCUGGAGCUCCCAUGCAAAAAUCUCAACGAGGACUACUCCAGACCUUACUAUAUCGAAUCUUUGGGGAGUGUCCAUAUCUCAUAAAAUCUGUGUGCGCCCAGAGGUGGAAUGAGCAGGCGCAUACCCAAACAGAACCAUGGAGCGAAGAAGAAUUGGCCGGCGUAUUUGAAAACAUCGCAAAUUUAAAGGACCUCCCGGUCAAAUUCUGCUUUUUAAUAGACGGACUUGAUGAAUAUGACGGCGAGAGUGAAGACCUACUCGAGAUUAUACAAUCUCUUUCUCGUUCUUCCAGUAUCAAGAUUUGCACCUCGAGCCGACCGUGGAAUGCAUUUUCGGAAGCGUUGGGUAACGGCCAUCAGCAUUUAACCCUACAAGAGUUGACGCAAAAUGACAUGCGAGCCUAUGUCAUGGCAAUGCUUCAAGAUAAUCCUAAAUUCCAAAAGCUCUCUGCAGAUGACCCUCGCUGUUUGGACCUCACACUUGAAAUUAGUACUCGAGCGCAGGGUGUUUGGCUUUGGGUUUAUCUCGUUGUCCGGUCUUUGCUUGAAGGUCUACAAGAAGAAGACAGCUUCUACGAUCUCCAGGAUCGCCUGAACAAAAUUCCGUCCCGUUUAGAAGACUACUUGAUGCUUAUCUUCAAGAGAAUCGGCAGAGACUAUUGGGAAGAAGGAGCGCGAAUUUUGUUGACCAGCACACAUGCAUAUGGGCCUCUACCUAUCCUGGCGUAUGAGUACCUAUCUAUCGAAAAAAGAUAUCCAGACUAUGCAUUAAUGGACAAUGUGCUAUCUCUCGUACAUAAAAACGAGACAUGUUUGCGUUCCAAAUGGAAAAAGAAAUUAAAUAGCCAUUGCAAGGAUCUACUCGAGAUUUCAAACGAUGCCCAUCAUGUAAGUGGGCACGAGUCUUUGUUUACAAUCACCUUUCUCCAUCGAACGGUUAGAGACUUUCUGGAAACCAAGGAGAUGCAUCAAGUGCUUGAACAGCGAGUAAAUGAAUGCUUUUCCCCUCGGCUCGCUCUUCUCCGAAUUCACCUUGGGCUUCUAAAAUUCUUUUGGAAUCACAAAAGGUUUCCCAAGGCGGAGACCACUGAUCACCGACUUCACUAUAUGGGAUGCUUUGGAAAUUACGCCAGGGACCUCGAACAUUUCGAACAAAGAUACAACUCCGCUCUUGUAGAGGGCCUGACAUUUCUUGAAGACGCUGAAUUUGGUCCCAUCAUCCACGAAUAUCGAAGGGGCAAUCUAGACAGGUCUCGAUCAUUAGAUGUUCAAAACCUCAUUUUCGCAGUGGGAAGUGGUUUAUAUUUAUACAUUUCAGCAAAGCUCGAUGAAGAAGGCGAAAACAUUAAUCAAUCUACGCUGGACAAUUUGCUGGUGGAGGCGAUAUAUCGUGUUCUUUUCUUGAUAGCCAGCCCAGCCUUACACGGCGAUAAGUUUAAUAUAGCUGCGAUCUCAAUGGUUGGUUUGCUCUUACGGAAAGGUGCUGACCCCAACGCUCCUCGUCCAACAAUCUUAAACAUCGAUUUCAUAUUGCCGGCGAUACGAGAGACUGUGUGGAGUUUUCUUUUGGGCUUUUUGGAAGUUUACACGCCCCGUAAAAGUUAUAUGAGCAUUUUUCUGUUUGAAAUCAUGGAGCUUCUCCUUCGCCAUGGUGCAGAUCCGAACGUGAGAUGGAGUGUUAGAGGAUCAGGAAAGAAUGACUACUCCGGCUUUUCAGAGGUAUCGAUUAAGCUUUUUGGAAGCAGCCGCGCAGCGCAAUUGGAGAGAAUCGCGGCUGAAAUGAAUCCUGGAAAAUAUUCCCCUGGCCAAUAUUCCCAUCUCCGAAUGGGAAACACUGAGGAAGAAUCGUCGACUUUUCUAUCACGGACUUUUGCUUCUGCCGCUCGUGCCUGGCAAGGGAUCUACCAUUCUAUCCAUUUUGGUCGAUAACACCAUACUAGAUCCAUCAGCUGGGCUAGAUAACCGCUCUGUUCGAAAUACUAGCACCUCAGAUAGCACAGCAAGCAGUUGUUAGAUUGUCUUUGUAUUGUCCUAUUCUCGCCUUUUUUUUCUUUUCCUACCUUCCCUCUCGGAAAGCUAUUGUUUUUGCUUUAUGAAGUCUGUCUAUAUGUAUGUUAUAGGAUACCCCAGAAAUGCCCCU